AUGCAAUGGGCUAUUGAGCGUCAUCAACUCCUCAAGACCGUGCUACAAACUGUUUUACAACUGUUGCGCAAUCCUGAGGCUGAAGCAUUGCCAAUCCCUCAAGACGUUCAAAACCUGGUCAAGCACGCUCAACUGGCCACACUUCCCUCUGUUUUGGACAGGCUCAAAGUGGCCAAACUUGUGAUUCACGCGGCCUACAUCAAGAUCCUCAACAUUCAACUGGCAUGGCAUCCCCACAUCACGGAUAUCCUCAGCAGAACAGCAAGUCAACCUCAAGAUGGCAACAUCCUGCAACCAUGGAAUUCUCAGAUGAGUUUCAUUUAUCGGUUUCACAGGAUGGGGCUGUUGUCUGGUGUACCGGGGGACAUCUGCGAAGGAAUCAUAUCAGAUACAACACUUGAGCUCUCUCCAGACAUUGCUGCUGCUGGACCUUUGCCUCUUGAUCGUCUGCCCGCUGAUGAUGAGGAUGAAGACAACAAUGAUGAAGAAGACCAGCAGGAAAAUGAUUUAGAAGAUGCCCUUGCCACAAAUCUGCUUCUAAGUUUAGGUACAAGCAGUGCCUUGUAA